UGAUAAUGGCCGAAAAUGAUGAAAAUAGAAAAAUGGAGUUUCUGGGAGAUGAAUGAACAAAAUUGGAAAUGGCGACAGCGACGACGUCUUCAACUAGGUCAAAGAACUGGAGAACCGUUGUGUUAUUCUGGACAAUCUCUCUCACUAUCUUCUACUCUCUCUUCCAAAUGGGUCUCCGAAACUCACCAUCCACUUCAUCGUCGUCAUCAUCAUCAUCAUCAGAUCCUAUUGUCACCUAUGCGGAACAAAGCACGAGGCUGUAUGAUAAAAUGGAACGGGAUUUACAGGAAAAUGGUCCGAUGUUCCUUGAACAAGGCGAGACAUCUCAGUCAUUGUCACUUUCAGAUCUCUUCACACUCAAGGAUGGAGUUAUAUCACCUGUCCUGAAGGUUGCAAACCCGCCUGUGCGAGCUAAUGUGUUACAUCUCAGCACAGAUUACUCUGUCCCUGUCUCGGAAGUCGUGAAGAGUGUGUUCAGCCCUUACUUUGAAAACACCAUCUGGUAUCAAGACUCUAACAUGUACCACUUCAGCAUGUUCCAUGCGUCUCAUCACAUUGUCCCUGUUCCAGCUACCGAAGAUGAGGUUGAAGCAGAAGCAGCUGCUGUUAAAGCAGUUGCUAACAAGCUCUGCCCUUUGGAGAUUGUAUUGGAUAGAGUUCUCUUAACCUCAACAGGUGUUCUUCUUGGAUGCUGGAAGGUUAAUUCUGGAGAUGAUCCUAUAACCAUUCGUUCAAAACUAAGAUCCGUGCUUCCACGUGCACCGGAGAAGCAACUUUACGAUGCGGCAAUUCUCCAUACAUCAUUAGCAAGGCUGCUUGGUCCUCCUAUAUCUCCAACUGAGCAGGCUGGUUCUGGCGACCAUCUCCAGGUUCUUCACGAACUGGUCACAAAGCUAAACAACCAAAUCCGAGGGUUCAAGGCAUUAGUAUCAGAGCUAUGGUAUGUAGAAGAGUUCGAUCUUCUGGCGCUUGCUUUGGGAGGGAGAAUGAAGGUCUAUCACACAAUUAUUCUCGUCUCUCUUUCUUCAUCUUGAUCUCCUGUGGGUAGUGUGUUUUAGUGGAGUAAGAAUCAGAUUCAGAGCUAAAUCAAGCUUUGAGAGAAUGGGAUCUGGAGCUGGAAAUUUCAUCAAGGUUCUUUUGAGGAACUUUGAUGUUCUUGCUGGGCCUGUUGUUAGUCUCGUUUAUCCACUACAUGCUUCAGUCAGAGCAAUUGAAACUCAGUCUCACGCUGAUGACAAACAAUGGCUCACUUACUGGGUCCUUUACUCCUUACUUACACUCUUCGAGCUCACAUUCGCCAAACUCAUCGAAUGGGUACCGAUAUGGUCAUAUGCCAAGCUGAUCUUGACUUGCUGGCUAGUGAUUCCAUACUUCAGCGGCGCUGCUUAUGUCUACGAACACUUUGUGAGACCUGUGUUUGUUAACCCACAGAGCAUUAACAUUUGGUAUGUGCCGAAGAAGAUGGAUAUCUUCAGAAAGCCAGAUGAUAUGCUAACAGCUGCUGAGAAGUACAUUGCAGAGAAUGGACCUGAUGCUUUCCAGAAGAUCUUAAGCCGAUCUGAUAAAUCAAAAAGAUAAACAGCCUGAGACCAUGUAUGGUGAAGAGUAUCAGUACCAAGGGAACUACAAAAGCUUUUAAUACUAGACUUGUGAAGCAAGUUUCAUGUCUUAGAUGUUUGUUUUGCCUCUUUGUAAAAUAAGUUUAUAAAUAAACUUUAUUGAAACUUGUUCA